AUGCAGGAGAAACUGUUGAAGCGUUCAUCCGAAGCCUGUAUGAAUUGGCAGAGAACUGUUUAUUUUGCCGAUGCACGAGACGAACAAGUUCGAGAUCGGAUAGUUAUUGGACUAUUAGAUAAAAACGUGUCGCAAAGGUUACAGAUGAAAGCCGGUUUGGAUCUACAAUCGGCGGUAGAAAUAGCAAGACAAUCGGAGUUAGUUAAAAGCCAAUUGAUCGAGCGUGAGUCAUUAGAGACAAAGCAGAUUGACGAAGUGCAACGACAAAGGAAUUAUCGCCGAGGUGAUUGGAACAAAAGACAGACGUUAUCAUUUCAACAACAACAGCGGUGUGGUAGGUGCAAUAGAAAGCAUGUUAAUGAGUCACAAUGUCCUGCAAGAGGUAAGAAAUGUAGAAAAUGUUCUAAGAUAGGGCAUUUUGCCGCUGUGUGUAGAACUAAAACUGUACAAAGGAAAGCUGUUGGUGAAAUUUCAAAGAAGUCGGACGAGCUUGUCCGAGAGUGGGACGAAACUUUCUUUUUGGGUUCCGUUAUGUCAUGUAACCGGGACAAAGAUCCCUGGCAAGUUGACCUUAAGUUGAAUGGGCAACCAACUAAAUUUAAGAUAGAUACCGGAGCUGAUAUAACAGUCAUACCAGAAGCCAUUUACAGUAAUUUAGUACCACGUCCACCCCUUCAAUCAACAACAGCUGUCCUUCAAGGUCCUGGGGGAAUAAUUGCAUGUAUUGGUGAAAUUACUGCAAUUUUAUCAUAUAAAUUGGUGGAAUAUUCAGUUCGUAUUUUUGUUGUUCGGGGAGAAAAUGUGAACUGUUUGCUGGGUCGAGAACUUUCCACUCAAAUGGGUUUGGUUAAAAGGGUGCAUGAAAUUACUGAUCACAGCGUAUUUGGAGAUAUAGGGCUCUUGAAAUGUGAACCCGUCAAGAUACAUUUACACGAUAAUGCUAAACCUUACAGUGUGAGUACCCCGAGGCGUAUACCCUUUCCUCUACUGCCAUUGGUGGAAGCCGAGUUGAAAAGAAUGAAAGACGAAGGGAUCAUUGAAGAGGUGACAGAGCCAACUGAGUGGUGUGCCCCUAUCGUCCCAGUCCCAAAGAAGAAUGGUCAAGUACGAAUUUGUGUUGAUUUGAAGAAACUAAACGAGGCUGUUAAACGUGAAAGAUAUGUUUUGCCCAGUUUAGAUGAUAUUGCGCCUUCACUUCAUGGAUCCGAAGUGUUCUCAAAAUUAGAUGCUGCUAGUGGAUUUUGGCAGAUCCCUCUACAUCCUGAAAGCUCUAAAUUGACGACCUUCAUUACCCCGUUUGGUCGAUUCCGUUUUCGAAGACUGCCCUUUGGGAUAUCCUCCGCUCCGGAAAUUUUCCAAAGAUUGAUGACCGAUCUACUUCAGGGGAAACCUGGUACCAAAGUGAUUAUGGAUGACAUUUUGGUAUAUGGGAAAUCGGUUGAGGAACAUGACUCUAAUUUGGAAGAAGUCCUGAAUACCGUACAAAGUUCUGGACUCAAGUUGAACAAAUCGAAAUGCGAAUUCCGCAAAGAAGAACUGGGAUAUUUUGGUCAUCGCGUGGGUAAAAAUGGCGUUAAACCCGACCCUGAAAAAGUGCGAGCCAUCGUCGAGUUAUCGCCUCCAACCAGUGUGUCUGAAUUACGAAGAUUGUUGGGUAUGAUCAACUACUUGGGGAAGUUUUUGCCAGAUCUGUCGACGGUAUUACAGCCUUUAAAUGAUCUUCUAAAAGGAAGUUCCACAUGGGUUUGGGGCCCGUCCCAAGCAGAAACUUUCGAGAAGGUGAAGCAGCUGAUAUCUUCUGCUCCGGCGUUAGCAUUUUACAACCCGAAUCGUAAGACGGUAGUCAGUUCUGAUGCCAGUAGUUACGGACUCGGUGGUGUGUUACUUCAAGAAGGAGAUGAUAAAUCUUUACGACCGGUUGCAUUUUGUUCUCGGACUUUAACACAAACGGAACAGAAUUACGCGCAAAUUGAGAAGGAAUGCCUUGCAGCAGUUUGGACCUGUGAGAAGUUCUAUCGUUAUUUGUCUGGCCUUCCCGUAUUUGAAUUGCGAACAGACCAUAAGCCUCUCGUACCGUUGAUAAAUCAGCAAACCCUAGACAAAGUUCCGAUCCGUUGUCAACGCCUAUUGAUGCGUCUGCGUAGAUUUAACGUCAUCUCUGUUCACAUUCCUGGGAAAGAUCUUGUUCUUGCCGAUGCUCUGUCUCGAAGUCCGUUGAUCUCCAAUACCAAUGUCAGCGACAACCUUGAUGAUGAAGUUCAAAUGUUCCUAAACGUAGUUGAGUCGAGUAGACCAGCGUCGAAAGAGAAGAUUCAGUUAAUAGAGAACGCAACUAAAGAAGAUCAAGUGCUUCAAAAAGUAACCAAGUUAGUUCUAAGUGGCUGGCCAAAGUAUCAGACGCAGGUUCCUGAAGAAGUACGAUGUUUCUUUCCUUAUCGUGGUGAACUUUCGUGCGUCGAAGGGAAAUUAAUUUAUCGUGAUCAAAUAGUCAUUCCAGCGUCAAUGAGAAUGGAAAUGCUUCAGAGGAUUCAUGAUGGUCAUCUUGGGGUGACGAAAUGCUUGGCACGUGCGAAUUCCUCCGUUUGGUGGCCUGAUAUUUCCAAGGACAUUAAAGAGGAGGUUUCACCAGAGGAGUUUUGCCAAAUUAACCAACCAUCACAAAGAAGAGAGCCAUUGAAACCAACACCGUUACCCUUCCUUGGCAGAAAGUAGCGGUCGAUGCACUUGAAUUAGACGGAAAGAAGUAUUUGGUCGUAGUAGAUUAUUACUCCCGGUAUCUUUAGCUUGUUUAUGUACCAGAUUUAACAAGCAGGACGGUGAUAGCUAAGUUGAAGAGCAUUUUCGCAAGAUGGGGAGUUCCUGAAAUCCUAAUAAGUGACAAUGGUCCACCAUUUUUCUCAGAGGAUUUUAGAUCGUUUAGCGUUCAGUAUGGGUUUCUCCAUGUUUCGUCUAGUCCACAUUAUCCGCAGGCAAACGGAGAAGCGGAAAGUGCUGUCAAGAUAGCCAAGCGAAUCUUGAAGCAAACGGAUCCGUUCCUCGCGUUGAUGGUGUAUCGAGCAACUCCAAUUCCAGCGACAGGUGUAAGUCCUAGUCAAUUGAUCAUGGGAAGACAGAUUCGCACAACUAUUCCAACACUUAGUCGUAAUCUGUUACCAGCCUGGCCAGAUCUUCCGACUGUACGCGAAGUAGACAAGGAAUCGAAAGAAAGAUAUAGUCAUGCUUAUAACAAGAGGCAUGGUGUGAAGUCCUUAUCUGAUUUGGAACCAGGUCAAACUGUUCGGGUGAAAACCGAUAAUCAGAAGAAAUGGAGCCCUGUUGGAGUUGUCAGUGGAUAUGGAUCUACACCAAGAUCAUACAUUGUGGACACUCCAGAGGGGAAAAAGAUGCGGAGAAAUAGACGACAUCUUCAGGCUGUUCCUAAAGCAGUUUCUGACGACAUUUUUCAAGCGAUUCCUGAAGUUGUUCCUGAGAUCAAUCCAGAAACAAGCGAAUUGUCAACAAGAUUGGCAGAUCGAAGAAAUCCAGAAAGAACGUUACAGAAUACGCCAAGCCAUACCUCAAGCGGACGUGUUAUAAGGAAACCAAAACGGUACAUUGAGGAAUAUUGA